ACCAAACAGACGGGAAGACACGCCCCCUGAAGACGGACGCUGUCUAUCAGCCAAUCAGGGCUAAGAACCAGAAAGCACAGCUACGAUUCCACCAAUCAGAGGCGGCGGCAGGCGGAGGGUUUGUUACCACAGAGAUGGUGAUCCGCGUUGCUUACUGGAGCCUAUUUCCCCCCCGGAAGACUUUUCCUGCUUUCCAGAGGGUCUGUUUGGGGAAUCGUCGCUGCAUCGGAAGCUGGUCGAACGCCAGAGUCCGUCCGCUUGUUCUGUGAGCCGCGGAGACGGAGCGGAGGCUCCACGGAGGAGCUGCGAGCGCGGAUCCGCUAGAAAUGGAGGCGUCUGCAGCUGUCAUCCCAGCAGCGGCUCGUUAGCCUUGAUAACACGGAGAGAAGCAGACUAACCCGACGAGCUUUUUUUUUUUCUACACGAUGCAUACAACAAGGAGCCCUUCGUCCAUCCCAAAAGGUUGUCCAGAAGCGUUGGACCUCAGCCUGUCUGGCUCCCAGCUGUCCGUAUCCAAACGCCCCAGCAGUGCUUCUCCAGGGAAGUGCUUCUCCCGCUCCAUAUCGGUGUCUGUGGCUGGUGACAGCAGAACAAAACGCAAUGCUCUGAGUGAUGCACACCUGGGCAGCUCCCGCUCCAUCAAGAACCUGAGGCGUUCCAACAGCACCACUCAGGUUAACCAGCAGGCCAAGCUCAGUUUAAGUCCCGACCAGACGGACGACUACUUGGCUCUGUUUGAUAGCAGCUCAGAUGGACGCAAGAAAUUGGCGAGUUUAAGCAAGACGGAAAGAACCACGUGGAACAUUCUGGACGACCAGCCCAGAACCUUCGCUCAGCACUCAAGCUCUCACAGCACCGGCAGCAUGGAAUUACCCACCAGUCUGAAGAAAAAGGAGCCUGGCGUCCCUUUAGCGGCGUCCUUCACUGCCAACAACAGGAGCAACAAGGGAACUGUGGGCAACUCGGUUACCACCAUCUUACACAAUAACUAUUCUGAAAAGCCUCUCACUCCCAAGAGCUCCAACCAAAAGCCGUCGUUCAACAACCUCCUAAAGGCUACAGCCAACGAUGAAGUGUCCCUGGAGAACAGCUCUGUCACCAAAUCCCAGAAGAAUUUCUCCUUCUCCUCAUCAGCUUCAAACAACAGAUCCUCAGUGUCGGGUCACUGCAGUCCUCCCUCGCCACGCUGUAGGGAGGCCACGGAGGAGGAGGCGGAGAGGUUCAUCCAGCAGGUGAACCAGGCGGCGGUCACCAUUCAGUGCUGGUACCGACGCCACGCCAAGAGGAAACACAGCAACAAGGCCGCGCUCAAACUGUUUCUUGCAAAUAAAAGAAAGGAAUGGCAGGAGAAGCGACCGGAGGACUCCCUCCAGGAGCAGCAGCAGAGAAAACUGGAGGACAGAAAACGGAUUCGGGAGGAGAAAGCUCGGCUUGCUCGUCUGGCAGCCAUCCAGGAGCUGCAGCAGAAAAGAGUCCAGCUGUCUGAAGAUGCUCAGCAUGCACCUGAAGUGGAGUUGGAAAACGUAAUACCAGCUGGUACGAUGGGAUGGAAGAAGCCGGCGAGGAGCUCCUCUUCUCACGAAACCCCAGUGUUGCAGAGCAACAGCGCCAUGUCACCAGCAGACAGCAAAUCCACAAACACAGACUCCAACAUGCUGGCUGAGCUGAGCUUCAGAGCCAUCUCUCCUGCUACCUCCAGUCAAAGAGGCUUUGUGUGUUCUCAGCAGGAAGAGAGAGCAGAAGGAGAUGUUGCUCAGGAGCAAAAUGAGAAGCUUAUUUGUAAAGAAAACUCUGAACUCAGCCGCCUUCACGCUGCUCAGGGGGUGCCGCAGAGAAGACCACUGCCGGUAUCAGCUGCUGCAAGGGGAUGCAAGAAACAGCUCCAAAUGUCUUCAACCAAGAAAAGUUCUGUGUCUGUCAGCCCAUCACUGAGCAACAACAGCCUAAUGUCACCAACCAAGAGCCCAGCUGACGGAGGGGACGUCGACUUCAGAGCUGCUUCUCCAGCCCUGUCCUAUCCCGGAGUGUUUCAGUGCUCUCAGGACGUCCUGCAGAGGUCUGUGAGUAUGGAGGACCAACAUCAGGCUUCCAGCAGACCUCCGUCAAAAACCACCCUCAAUGAGCUGCUGGACACCCUGAAGCUGCUGGAGGAGGAGCCACAACGGCUUCCAAAGUCCUACCACAAGGAGAAGUACGCCUGGAUCAAUGAGGAUGCCGACUCCAACUCUCUCACCACUGACAACCUGGAGCGCCACGGCCAGAUGAACAACCACGCUUCACUGCCAGACGGGGGAGCGCUGCUCUCAGAGGCCAAACUGCAGAGCAUCAUGAGCUUCUUGGAUGAAAUGGAGAAGUCUGAGCAGGAGAGACCCCGAUCCAUCACCUCAGGCUCUCACAGAGAAGCGCUGCUGUCUGAAGAUGAGCUGGUUGGCGUUGAACACGCAUCCGCUACUGCAGCCGAAGUCACCGGCUCUGUGAUGAGAUUGAAAAUGGAGCUGGAGGAGAAGAAGUGCAGCGUCAGCAUGCUGCAAACAGCGCUGGCCCAGCAGAGAGAGCUGACAACAAGACAUGUGAAGGAGACAGAGAGGGAGCUGAGCCGGAGCCUCCAGCUCCAGAAGGAACAAUACGAAGCUACCAUUCAGAGGCACCUCGCCUUCAUCGACCAGCUCAUCAGUGAUAAAAAGGCUCUAAGCGAGCGCUGUGAAGGAGUGCUCACAGAGCUGAAGCAGGUGGACCUGAAGUACACUAAGAAGAUUGCACAAAUGCAGCAGCAGCAUGAGAUGGUGUGGCAAAUUCUCGGCCCCUUGUGUGAGGAAAUCAAGAAGUUAAAAGACCUGAUGAGUGCAUCGGAGAAAAUCCGGCGAGAAAAGUGGAUUGAUGAGAAAACCAAGAAGAUCAAGGAGAUCACAGUGAAAGGACUGGAACCAGAGAUCCAGAAGCUAAUAUCAAAGCACAAGCAGGAGCUGAAGAAGCUGCGUGCGCUGCACGAGGCAGAACUGCUGCAGGCGGAUGAACGGGCGGCACAGCACUACGUCUGCCAGUGUGAGGAGCUCCGGCUGCAGCUGGAGAAGGAGAAGGAGGAGCAUUGCCAGAGGGAGAGAGACCUGGCCAAGCAGAGGUAUGAAAAGCAGCUGCAGGAGGAGGAGUUUUCCCUGCAGCAGCAGAGGAGGCGGCUCUACAAGGAGGUGUCUGAUGACAAAGACAGGCUGGCUCAGCUAGCUGCCAGACAGCGCACAGAGCUAGAAGACCUGCGGCGGCAGCUGGAGGAGAACAGCUCUUUGGCAGAGCGAGCGCUCCGGGAAGAGCUGGAUAAGACCAAAGGAGAGCAAGAAAGGAGGCACCAGAUGGAGAUGAAAGUGUUACAAGAACAGCUGGACAUGGAAAAGAAUACGUGGGAAGAAAGUUACAGGAAAAAGGAGGAAGCACGGAUGUUGAGUCGUGAACGCGAGAUGAAGGAAGAACUGCGGCGAGAACGAGACAAAGAGAUUGAACUCGCCAUCUGGACCCUGGAGGAAGAAACCAGCAAAGACAAAGAGGAGUGUGAGCGUGCAGCUGACAACAGGCCGCCCUGAAGAGGGCUGACCAUCUGGAGUCCCUGUGGGAGCAGCAGAGGAAGCAGCUCCUGGAGAAGUGAUGCACCCCCACCCGAGCCCCUGCAGCUCUGACUGAGGAUGUGAAUAAUGUGACCAGUCUACCUCACUGAAGUGGUUCCCCCCCUCAGUCAGGAGGAAGUGUGUUGGAGGGGGGUCCAUCACAACAAACCUGGAGCUCCAGAGAGAAGGACCAGGAGAGGACAUUGGACAACGGAGGGUGUUAGCUUGCAGUGUGCAGAGGGAGAGACCUGGGGUGGGGGGUCUUGCCUUCAGGUUUGUGCCGUCAGUGUGGUUGAGAUGCGUUUGUCAGCACAGAACUCAACAACUAGCCUUUAGCUGAAAUCGUCACGUUUUCCUCUUCAUCUGUUAAGUCUAAAGUGUUUCUUCCAGGAGCUACUAAAACUGUAACCCCCCCCACCCCAGCUCUGAUCCUCAGGCUCUGGAUCUUUGGGCAGAGCACAGAAGCGUUUGAAAAAUGAAAGGAUGUGGAUGAAGAGAGCAAAGGGACGUAGGAGCAGCUGAAGGAAAAGCGUUUGAGCUCCGGAGAAAAGCUGCAGAUGUGGGGAAGAGAGAAGGUCAAAGGUCAAAGUAAUGUAUGCAAAUGUUGACUUUUAGAAGUUCAAGCAGGGCUGGAGAGGGGGGGCAAAAAUACAAGCAUCCUAACAGAGAUCUGAGGUCAUCGUAUGUGGAAAUCUGGUGGAAUUCUCAUUCAGUAGAAGCUGACGGUAGAGGCUGACGGUAGAAGCUGACGGUAGAAGAGGCUGAUGGUAGAGACUGACGGUAGAAGCUGACGGUAGAGACUGACGGUAGAGGCUGACGGUAGAGACUGACGGUAGAGGCUGACGGUAGAGGCUGACGGUAGAGACUGACGGUAGAGGCUGACGGUAGAGACUGACGGUAGAGGCCGACGGUAGAGACUGACGGUAGAAGAGGCUGACGGUAGAAGAGGCUGACAGUAGAAGAGGCUGACGGUAGAAGAGGCUGACGGUAGAGGCUGACGGUAGAAGAGGCUGACGGUAGAAGAGGCUGACGGUAGAAGAGGCUGACGGUAGAGGCUGACGGUAGAGGCUGACGGUAGAGACUGACGGUAGAGGCUGAUGGUAGAGACUGACGGUAGAGGCUGAUGGUAGAGGCUGACGGUAGAGGCUGACAGUAGAAGAGGCUGACGGUAGAGGUUGACGGUAGAGGUUGACGGUAGAAGCUGACGGUAGAAGCUGACGGUAGAAGCUGACAGCGCUCAGAUGUUUACGGCUGAGCUUCAUGGCGACAGGUGAAUAGGUGACAGGUGAAAGCCUGUUGUUGAGGUAAGACACGCUGUCCAAGGCUGGUUUGGGAUUGAAGCCGGCCUCAGAGUUCCAAAGUGUUUAUUCCUUCUACUAUUGAUUUCAGGGCUUACGUCUGCAGUGUGAAGAGGUCCAGGAUAUGAGGAACUUCUGACUUCUUCCUCUUAAUCUUAGCAAACAGUGACGGAGGUUUUUGAUCAGAUGUGUUGGUUUGUUUCUGACAGGGAAACAUUUGUGUGAUUAAGUCAAAGUGCAGUUCUGCUUUCCCCACACUGGGAACAUUUCAACAAAUGAGUUCAGAAAUAGUGAGGCGCUCACUGUGUCACAUGCUUAUUAUCACUCAGUCACAAGGAAGCUGUUCUAAAGCUGCUGACUCCGCCCACUUGCCCCUCACACAAGCCUGUGCUAAAGUGCCAACAACUCCCCGUGUGUGUUUGUCGCCUCCACUCCCGCUCUGACCCCACGUGACCUCAGGCGGGCACCUUCUCAAAUCCUGUUUGUGUUUAUUUGCCUGUAACUCUGUGAAAAAUAAAAGCAAAGAGUUUUCUAAA